AUGGCUAGCACAAAUGCCUGUAACUUUUAUAUCAGAUAUCUUCUCAAGAACUUUAUAGCCCCCAGUGGCCUUGAUGACAAGCUCAAGAUUAUUAGCCCCCAUACUUUUGCUAGCCAUAGACCUGAUAUGAAGAAAGACUUAUCUAGAGACUUGUUGGAUAUCUUCAUUUCUAGGGCAGUACCGGGGGCUCAGACUUUGUUUUUGGUGCCUUACUGUCAAGGGGGACAUUGGAUGCUGAUUGUGGUUAAUCCCACAAAGCCAAGGAUUGGUAUCAUGAUUCUCUUCAUGGGGAUCCAACCAAUAGACCAUUUAUGGACUUUGUGGCUAUAUCGUACAAAUCAAGCCUUACCCUGCCCCUUGGUAAAAAACGGCCAAUUUGAUGAUACCUUCCUGUGGAAGAAAGUGAAGUGCCCACGUCAUCCCAAAAAAAGCUCCUAUUGUGGAUAUUGCGUGAUGAAAUUUAUGAAGAAGAUAAUUAUGCACAAUGCCGAUACAAUCCCUACACAGUACUUUACCAACACAUAUUGCACAGUGUAUUCAUCCGCUCAGAUGGAGGAAAUCGUUGAAAAGUUGGCGAUGGCCUUAUUCUGUCAGUGGGCACAAAAUAGAUAG